AUGAAUUCGACUUCUCAUAUUGAGAAGAAAAUUAGAGUGUUGAACCCUACCUCCAAUAAUAAUAAUAAUAAUAUUAGUAGUUCAACUUCUUCUUCUUCUUCACCUUCUACAUCUAAUAUUGGUUUUGGUUUUGGAAAAACAUUGCCGCUACCUCUACUUCCAAAGAGGAAUAUCAAUAUACCAACCUUAAAACCAACACCGACUAUUCACAAUAAUAUUAAUAAUAUUAAUAACAAUAAUAGUUCAAACACAAGGAAUACUAUUAUAAAGACAAACACAUAUAAUAAUAGUAAUAAAAAUAGUGUUAUUAUACCAAAUAAUAAUAAUAAUAAUAAUAAUAAUAGUGGUAUUAAUAAAGCAAUACCUUUGCUAUUAAACAAUAAAAAUAGGAUUGUUAAUAAUAAUAAUAAUAUUAAUCCUAAUAUUAAUAAUAUAAAUACAAAUUUAAGACAGCAGCAGCAGCAACAACAACAAUCUAUCCAACAACAACAAAAGGAAUCUUUAGAUAUUGAUUUUAUAUUUGAUAAUGAAUCACCACCUCAGAUAGAGUUUAACUUUGAUGAAGUUAUUAACGGUAGUGAUGGUGGUGGUCAGAAUGUUCAGAAUGUUCAGAAUCAUGAUAAUUCAAUGGUAUUGGAUAGGAAUAAUGGUUGCGAUAUUCAGAGCAGUACAAGUGUAGACACAUCAAUUGCAAAUGAAAAUAAUACGACAACAACAACAACAACAACAAUGUUAGACAACCAUUUUGUUACUAUAAGUAAUCAAUCAACACAACCUAUAUUCUCACCUACUCCACCUGUAACAACCAUUUUGCCUUUAGCAACAUCGACAUCGAACACAACAUCAACAACAACCACAGCAGCAGCAUCUACAAAUGGAUUAACAAUAACAGCGGCAAUGAUUGACGCCAGCAAUAGUCAAGAUAGUGGAAAUGUUGACAAUAUCAAUCAUCUUAAUAUUAUUCAUAAGCAAUCACCAAAGAGAUCAAGACCUGAACCUGACGAAAUUACCACUACCAACAACAAUGAUAACAACGAUAAUAACAAUAACAUUACUGAUAUUGAACAACAACAACAACAACAACAACAACUGCAACCACAACCACUUGAUUCAAACAAUAAUAGUAUUGCUGGAGCAAUAGCAGUAGGUGGACAACCGAGUUUAUUGAAUUUGGAUGAUAGUACUGACUCAGCACUUAUCAAUGAUAAUAAUGAGAGUUGUAAUGCUGGUGGUGGUGUUGGUGGCGGUGACACUAGUUUUAUAUCUCAUGUCUCUGCUACACCACAAGAUAUAAUUGAUAGCAUACCAUCUACAACAACGACUACUACAACGACAACCACAACAACUACAUCUACAACUAAUAACAAUGGAUCACCCAAUUAUAAUAAAAGACCGAUUUCCAGUGUUGAAUCACCACCUCCACAAACUUUAAUUAAAGACAAUGACAAUGACAAAGAACAAAAACAACAACAACAACAACAACAACAAAUAAUAACACCGAAAGUACCAGAUUAUAACCCACCGACUCAAUCAUUCCAAACAUUUAUAACACCACCAACUACGGAGGUAUCAGUUUUGCAAUUGAAAGAAUCUGAUUUCAUAUUUAAAAAGAGUUCAAUCUCUGCUGAAAAUGAAGCAACAUGUGAUAUUUGUAUAGAUUAUUUUCAUGCAUCAGGUAAUCAUAAAGCAUGCACAUUAAGAUGUGGACAUAUAUUUGGAGAAAGAUGUAUAAAGAAAUGGUUGGAAACCAAGAGAGCAUGUCCAAAUUGUAAUUCACCUGUAAAUAAAAAGAAUGAUCUAAUACCGCUAUAUCUACCAAAGGCGAUGAUGUGUGAAAUCGACCCUACAGAGGAUGCACUACACCUCAGAAAACUACUGAAUGCUGCCGAACGUGAGAAUCAUUCACUCAAAAAGAAACUAUCGAGUUUGAAACAAAAAUUUGAUCACAAAGAACAACAAUAUAAUAUGUUAUAUUAUUCUAAAAAUACAAAUUCAAAUUCUUUUGUUAACAAUAAUAAUACUAGUUAUUAUAAGCAACAGAUUAAGAUUCCGACGACUACAACUAAUAAUAGUAGUGCUGUUUCUACGCCAAUAUUAUUAUCAACAAAAACAUCAUCAACAACAUCACCAUCAAGAAUUCCUUUAUUAUCACCUUUGUUGAAUAAUAAUCAUUCAACAUUGGCAUCAUCAACGACACCAAUAGCAUCGACAUCAUCAACUUUACAAAAUAAUCCAUAUAUUUCAACAUCGACAACAUCAACAACAAACACAUCAUCGAAUUCAAGUACGAACCAAACAACAGAUGUAAAUCCAGAUACAGAUUUCAAUAUGGAAGCUAUUUCAUUUGUACAGCUGAAAGCAUCGUAUGUAUUGGAUUUCUCUGGUAAGAACGGUGUGGUUGUGGCAUCGUGUGCACCCAACGGUAAAUAUGGAAUAGUCAAAAUAUCUUCUUUGGAUUCGAGUAAAUCCGAUUAUAUAUAUAAUGCCCACAAAGACCAUAUUAGAGAUAUAAAGAUAUCAUAUCAUAAUUCAAAUGUAGUUUGUAGUGUUUCACAAGAUAAAACAAUCAAACUCUUCAAUGUACAUAAUAAGAAUCUAAUUUGUUCGUAUCCACUCCACUCUCCUGGAUGGUCAUGCGAAUUCGACCAACAAGAUGAAAAUAUAUUUUAUUCAUCCACCUCACAAUCGACUUUUGUAUUCGAUUUGAGAAAUACUUUAAAUCCAUUAUCUUUCUUUCCAGCAAAGAACGGUAGUCCUGCUUUUAAAUUGUUGAGUGUAACUCAAACAUCGUAUUGCUCUCCGAUGUCAAUGAGUAGCGGUGGAUUUUUCGCGGCAAACAACAACCUUGGAUAUUACGAGAAGAAAGAGUCGUUACACGAUUUCAGCUAUUAUCCAGUGUCGACACUCGCUGGCCAGUGCACCGAUAUCAGCUUCGACCCAACCAGCCACUACUAUAUGGCGUCGUUCAAGACCACUCCGACCUACGCAAAGAAAAGUCAUUUCGUUUUCAAACAUCUGGGCAGAGGCGACGUAGACGAGGUGAGAACGAUAUACACUGACACUCAACAACUUUCACUCUCGCGAUCAACCAUUUUCACAUCACCGAGAAACAAAAAUACCUAUGCAGCCACCUGUAGCGAACCAAACAAAGCCGUUCACAUUUGGAAUAUCAAGACCGGAAGGAAAGCACAGGUACUUACUCCAUGCCAAGAGCCAUCACUCAACCUUUUACACCUUAACUAUCACGACGAAGAAUAUCUAUUGAGUUUAAGUUCUCAAUUUUUAUAUAUUUUCAAGAAUCAAAAUGAAUAA